UGUCCUGGCCACGGACCCGCUGUGACUUGUAUUCUCCAGACCCUGAGGAUGCGGGUCGUGAUGCCCCGAACCCUCCUCUUGCUGCUGUCGGGGGCCCUGGCCGUGACCCAGACCUGCGCGGGCUCCCAUUCCUUGAUGUAUUUCGGCACCGCGGUGUCCCGGCCCAGCCUCGGGGAGCCCCGGUACUUGGAAGUCGGCUACGUGGACGACACACAGUUCGCGCGGUUCGACAGCGACGCCUCGAGUCCGAGGAUGGAGCCACGCGUGCAGUGGUUGAAGCAGGAGGCGCCGGAGUAUUGGGAGCAGGAGACGCGGGGCGCCAAGGACACCGCACAGACUUUCCGACAGAGCCUGAACACGCUGCGCGGCUACUACAACCAGAGCGAAGCGGGGUCUCACACCAUCCAGUGGCUGUCUUCCUGCGAAGUGGGGCCCGAUUGGCGCCUCCUCCGAGGAUACUGGCAGUUCGCCUAUGACGGCGAGGAUUACAUCGCCCUGAACGAGGACCUGCGCUCUUGGACCGCGGCGGACACGGCGGCGCAGAUCACCCGCCGCAAGUGGGAGGCUGCCGGAGCAGCCGAGCAUCAGAGGAACGACCUGCAGGUCACGUGCGUAGAGUGGCUCCGGAAGUACUUGGAGAGGGGGAACAAGACACUGCUGCGCACAGACCCCCCGAAGACACACAUCACCCACUACCCCACUUCUGACCAUGAUGUCACCCUGAAGUGCUGGGCCCUGGGUUUCUAUCCUGCGGAGAUCACCCUGACCUGGCAGCGUGAUGGGGAGGACCUGAUCCAGGACACGGAGUUUGUGGACACUAGGCCUGGGGGAGAUGGGACCUUCCAGAAGUGGGUGGCUGUGGUGGUGCCUUCUGGAGAGGAGCAGAGAUACACGUGCCAUGUGCAGCAUGGGGGGUUGCCCAAGCCCCUCAUGCUGAAAUGGGAGUCCCCUCCUCAGCGCAGCAUUCCCAUGGUGGGCAUUGUUGCUGGUCUGGUUUCCUUUGUGGUCAUCAGUGCUGUGGUGGUUGGAGCUGUCAUAUGGAGGAGGUAGAGCCAAGGUGGAAGAGAAAGGAGUUAUGCUCAGUCUGCAUGUAGUGACAGUGCCCAGGGCGCUCUCCACUGCUAAAGUGUGAGCUAGCUGCCUCGUGGGGGACUGAGUGAUGCAAGAUUUGUUCACUUUCCCACCUUGUGACCAAUGCCCCUGAUAUCUCUUUCUACAAAGGGCUUCGGCAUGUGUCCUCGUUCCUAUUACCAUAAUGUGAGGAGGUGGGGAGACUGCUCCCCGCCUCCAUGACCCCACCCCACACUGACCUGGGUUCUCUUUCCUCGUCUGCUUUCAUGAUCCAGUAGAGGGAGAGUGGGCCACCUCCAUCCCUGUCUUUAUGUUUCACUGAGCUACAACUUCUUACUUCCUUGUUGAACGUAGGGCUCUGGAUGUGAAUUUGUUUUUCCAGUUCUGGUCAUGAGGAGUUGAUGAGUUAGUUAAAGAAGAAGAUUCCUAAAGUUUGAGAGGGGAAAGAAAUGGAAACCCUGAGAACCUCCCAGAAGCUGCAGGUCCAGCACGUGGUCACCUGCCUGGCAGAGCCUCACGCCGUGUCUAACUGGAAGGAUGUUGGGACAGCAGGUCCUUCCUCUUCCAUGGAGAGAGGCGGCGUCUUCCAAAGACUCUAAAUGUGGAAUUCUCAUGUAGGGGGGCAGUGCCGGUGCUGGGGGUGAGGGCUGGAGAAAGGUCGGCUGAUUGCCAUUCUCGGAGCACAGACCUGAGGCUGCAGCUUGAUCUGGUGCCCUGCAGGCACUCAGGUUCAGUUGGAGGAGCAAGUUUCUAAUAAACGACAUCGCUCUUCUCGUUCCCUGGAUGCUAUGUGAUUAGAUGCAGCUUUGUCCACUCCGGUUUACGCUCAUAAAUAAGUGCAGUGGCGUUGUGGGCUGGUGAAGUGAUUGCUCAAAACGUGUUUGCCCAGCCUCUGUCUCUUGCAAGGAGGAGAACACCUGGGUCUGUAAGACGUCAGGGGGUCUCUGCGUGCACUGACUGUCAUGUUAAUGUUUGUAUUUCCCCGUGCAUGGAAAUACUCUGGGGAGAGAAUCUCUAACAUUUGUUAGCUUUAUGUGAUCCUCACAAAGGACUAAAAACCAACCAGCCAGAAAACCCAAACCACCAGCCUGGUUUUCUAGUGUAGCCAUAGUGUCCCUCAGAGACUUAAGUGUUAGUUAAUAGCAAUUCAACUGAGAAAAUUUAUUUUAUUUUAUUUUUGAGAGAGAGAGAGAGGGUGCAAGUGAGAGAGGGGCAGAGAGAAACAGAAGGAAAGAGAGAGAAGUGGAGCUUGAGCUCUGCUCACCCGGAGUGGGACCUCACCUCACCCGAUGUGGGGCUCGAACUCAUGAGCCAUGAGAUCAUGACCUGAGCUGAAGUCAGAUGCUAAAUGUCAGAGCCACCCAGGCGCCCUCAACCGAGAACAUUAAAAGGUCGAAUUGACUUUAUUCAACUGUUCAUGAAUUGAGCAGUCUCCCAGCUAGAAAAUAGAAAGGAGACAUGGGGCUCCUGGGUGGCUCAGUCAGUUAAGUGUCUGGCUUCAGCUCAGGUCAUAACUUCGUGGUUCAGUUUGUGAGUUUGAGCCCCACGUUGGGCUCUGUGCUGACAGCUCAGAACCUGGAGCCUGCUUUGGAUUUUGUGUCUCCCUCUCUCUCUGCCCCUCCCCUGCUCGUGCUCUGUCUUUCAAAAAUAAAUAUUAAAAAAAAAAAAAAAGAGACUCUUCCAGCUGCAGAAAGGAUUUUAAAGGCAGAGUGGAAGGGGAAAAAGGAAAUUAUUCAUUAAAAAAUGCAUUGCUUUAAGCAAGGUGGCCCUUCGAAGGGGAAAGGAAGUGGUCUUUCAGUGGCUUACCUACUUGUGCUGAGCAGGAAAUUCCAGGUUGGCUGAUUACAGGUCACAUUUCUGGGAGAAGUUGAAGAUGCAUUUAGGUUAAGGAUUAAGAUCUUGGUGGUAUUUGGCUUAGGUGACUUCAUUUUGGGUCUGCUGUCUUCCUUUGUUAACAGGACCAUGAACAGCUGGUAGCAGAUGGAAGGACAUGAUAUAAAUGCUUACACUUAUCUUAUCCUUUGCUCCUGGAUGAGAGGAAGCACAGACUUGCUCUCCCUCUAAAUUUCUCUUUGUGGAGCCGUAAGGGUUUUUUCCUCCAUUCAACCAAUGCUCUGAUUCCCUGUCACCAAUUCAAUUCAUUUCAUCAGCCUUUUUUUUUUUUUUUUUAAUAUUUAUUUUUGAGACAGAAACAGAGCAGGAGAGGGGGAGGGGCAGAGAAAGAGAAAGACAGAAUCCCAGGGAGACACAGAAUCCGAAGCAGGGUCCAGGCUUUGAGCGGUCAGCAUAGAGCCCCAUGUGGGGCUCGAACUCAUGGAUGUGAGAUCAUGACCUGAGCCAAAGUUGGGCGCUUAACCAACUGAGCCACCCAGGUACUCCCAAUGCAAUUCAUUUUAAUUCUGACACUGUUGACCUGGAGUUAGCAUGAGACCCACAGGUGUGAGGACGCUUCCUACAAGAUUGCCCUCACUUCACAGGCACGUCUCAACUGUUACGUUGCCACAUCGCCUGCACUUUUGUUCCACUUGGCUACAAAGUUGAGGGUACUCUCAAAGUUCAAUAAUUUGCUAGAACAACUCCUAGAACUCAGGAAAAUUCCAUUAUUAUUGUGGUUUACUAUAAGGACACACAUGAGCAACCAGAUGAAGAGGCACAUGAGUGUGGGAGCGUGAAGGUCGGAGUUGCAGGAGCCUCUGUCACCGUGGGGUUGGAAUGUGCCACCCUCUGAGCAUGUCAGUGUGUUCAUUUCAGAAGCUGUGAACUCUGUCGUUUAGAAGCUUUUUUUUUUUUUUAAACGUUUAUUUAUUUUUGAGACAGAGAGAGACAGAGCGUGAACGGGGGAGGGGCAGAGAGAGAGGGAGACACAGAAUCGGAAGCAGGCUCCAGGCUCUGAGCCGUCAGCCCAGAGCCCGACGCGGGGCUCGAACUCGCGGACCGCGAGAUCGUGACCUGAGCUGAAGUCGGACGCUUAACCGACUGAGCCACCCAGGCGCCCCUGUCGUUUAGAAGCUUUUAUGGAAGCUUCAUGAUAUAGGUGUGCUUGAUUCCAUCACUGGCGAGUCAGUGAUUCGCCACUGAUUAAAGUCAGUGAUUAAAGUCAGCCUCCAGAGCCUCUCCCCAGAGGUCAGGGAAGGAGGCUGAGGUUGCCAACUCUCUAAUCAUCGCUUGGUCUUUCUGGUCAGCAGCCCCCAACCUGAAGCUAUCUAGGCCCCUCGGCCAAGUCCUCUCAUUAGCAUACCAGAAACACUCAUAUUACUCAGGAGAUCCCAAGGGUUUGGGGAAGUCUGUGCCAGGAACCAGAGACAAAGACCAAAUAAGUUUACCACAGGCCACUCCUUGGUCUUUGACCACAGGUCCCUUGUAGCGACAGGACCAUAGCUGAAAAGAUACUGGCACACUACCAAAGUCCCAUUCAGUCAGUGACAAUUAGCCCAUCAUCCUGCUGUAUGACAGUGUCUCCCAGGAUCGCUCAGGUCUCCUGGUUCCAUUUAGUCUUGUCAGGUUCCAGAAGCAGGAAUGGUGUCACAGCGUGUGGCUCCCUCUCUCAGGCAUCUGGUAUAAUCGAGCUAAGAGGCAGUGUCCUCUCUUGCUCACACCUCUUGGGAGGUGUUAAUGUAAUGCUGGGUUUCCCUCAUUACGUAACUCAUUUAUCCAUUCCUUUACCCUCAGCUGUUGUUUCUAUUUCUCUCCAUUUAUACCCAACUUUCUGCGGUUGGAAGGGACGUUAUGUGUAGCUGCUGUGCUGGUCUAGACUGCGGGCAGCAAUACAGUCUGGCAAGUCCCUCCUCCCCUGUCUUCUCUCGUCCAUAGAGGGGAGGGUCACACCCGGACAGAACUUGUGGGCUAACUGACCAGUAGGCAAUCUAGUGGCACUCACCGUCAGCCCCAGCUUUGCCAGAUGGGGUGAAGGCACAGCCCUCCCAUUCAGUCCCUUAGGAAAUCUCACAUCAAGGUCGAACAGCGGAGGUACGGUCACCUGCUUAGGAGUCCUUCCUGUUUCUGGCACUCGUACUUGCAUUCCUGUCCUGAGACACUGUAGCGGGUAGGAAGAGGGAAUGUUGAGGUGAGCUAUAGUCAUACCAAUGUCCUCUCACUUGGGAAGGAUUAUAGAGUCACGCUUACAUGCCCCGCCCUCCUGCCCAGAUCCAUCAAGGAAACAAAACAGACACCUUUUCCCCCUAACGGGGACACUCCUGAUUCCCACGCAUGCUGGGUUGGAGCACACUCUGUGAAGGUGUGUGAGCCAGCACUUCAAGUCUUUGUGGCCCUAUUUUCACAGUAUUUCCAUUGUCCAUUCCAACUCUCUGUUAAGCUGUUUCUCUGUCGGUAUAUCUGUAUGCCCAUUGUUGGACAUCAUGGCUUGUAAUGUAUUUUUUUAGCGUGAGGAAAUGUGACCGAGCAUUCCAAACUAGUACAGUAUCUUUUGUUUGUUUUGUCACAUGUGCACCGAAAGGCAGGUAUAAAAAUGUUCUCAGCGGCACUGUUUAUGAUUGCCCCAAAUGGGAAACAACGUCAAUGUGCCUAACAAGAACAUAUGUACAUGAACUGUAGCACAGCCUUACAAUGGACUGCCACACAGCCCUGAAAAAGACUGGGCUCUCGCUACACCCUACGGCAUGGGUGAACCUCACAGACGUGACACUGAGUGUAGGAAGCCAGACACGUGAGAGACACAGACUUUUUGUAUGUGAAGUUGAAGAUGAGGACUCAUUUGUAGUGCCAGAAGUCAGAAGAGUUGUUACCUCUUGUGGUGGCGUAUUGACUGGGAAUCUCUCCGAAACCCAAAAUGCUCUGCAUCUUGCUCUGGGUGGUAGUACAUGGGAAGUGCAUAUGUGUAAAAUUUCAUCGACCUGUCCACACAGGAUCGAUGCUCUCUGCAUUUUAUUAAAAAUUUUUUUUUACAUUUAUUUAUUUAUUUUUGAGGGCGACUGAGACAGCAUGAGUUGGUGGGGGGCAGAGAGAGACGGGGAGAGAGAGAGAAAAGUCCCAAGCAGGCUCCAUGCCAUCAGUGCAGAGCCCGACGUGGGGCUCGAAGUCAAGAAACUGUGACACCGUGACCUGAGCCGAAACCAAGAGUCGGAUGCUUAACUAACUCAGCUACCCAGGUGAUGACAGUGCCCAGGGCUCUGAUGUGUCUCUCACAACUCCUAAAGUGUGAGCCAGCCACCUUGUGGGGGACUAAGUAAUACAAGGAUUGUGCCCAUUCCUGCUCUUAUUUUGAGCAAUGGGGAACACUUAUAGACUGUGUGGUUAUGAGAGAUCCAAACACCAAGAGCUCCUGAGGCUUUGGGUUUGUCACAUAUGUCACUGUGGAGAAGGUGGAUGCAGCCAUGAAUGCAAGACCACACAAGUUGGAUGUAAGAGUUGUAGAACCAAAGAGGGCUGUCUCCAGAGAAGAUUCUCAAAGACCUGGUGCUCACUUAACUGUGAAAAAGAUUUUUGUCAGUGGCAUUAAAGAAGAUACUGAAGGACGUCAUGUAAGAGAUUAUUUUGAACAGUAUGGGAAAAUUGAAGUGAUUGAAAUCAUGACUGACCGAGGCCGUGGCAAAAAGAGAGACUUUGCUUUUGUAACGUUUGAUGACCAUGACUCAGUAGACAAGAUUGUCUACAACACCAUACUGCGAAUGGUCACAACUGUGAAGUAAGGAAAGCUCUAUCUAAGCAAGAGAUGGCUGGUGCUUCAUCCAGCAAGGAGAUUGAAGUGGUUCUGGAAACUUUGGUGGUGGUCAUGGAGGUGGUUUUGGUGGGAAUGACAACCUGAUAGUCUGUUAUAGGAUCCAGCUCUUGUCUACACCAGUUUAUACUUACAAAUAAGUGGAGUGGUAUUGUAGGCCGGUGAAGUGACUACUCAAAAUGUCUUUUCCCUGUGUUUGUUCUUACUAGAUUUUAAAGAUCCAGUCUGUGCACUGACAUUUUAUAUUAAUUUUUUAUACUUCCUCAUACUUGGAUAUAUUUCUAAGGAAAGGAUCCCUAACAUUUAUCCAGUUUUUUGUUGUUGUUUAUUUAUUUUUGAAAGAGAGAGAGAGAGAGAGAGCGUGCACAAGUGGGGGAGGGGCAGAGAUAGAAGUGGGACAAGGUAUCUGAAGUGGGCUCUGCACUGACAGCAGUGAGCCCGAGGAGGGGCUCAAACCCAUAAGCCAUGAUACCAUGACUUGAGCCAAAGUGGUACACUCAACCAACUGAGCCACCCAGGUGCCCCUAACAUUUAUCAGUUUUUACAUAACACCUCCAAAAAGCUUUUUUUUUUUUUAAUCUAGUUUCUUAGUUUAAAGAUAGUUCUACUCAAAUGUGGUCUACAAAUAGCUGAUCAGCAAAUUGUUUAGUAGACUCAAGGGAAUAAUAUAAAUCCUUAUAUUUUGCUUAUAAGGAAACCUUUGUAGAGCUUUCCAGUUUACUCUCACUCUCCAGUUCUCAUGGUGGGCUAGUAACAAAACAUUGUAGACUGGUAUAGACUAGCAUUGGCUCACAGACUACAAGUAGCUUUAGUUUAGAUGGACUUGCAUCCUAGCACUUGUCCUGGUCAGGUAAAUACUAGUUAUUACCAUUAUUUAAAAACAUUUUUUUAACGUUUAUUUAUUAUUGAGAGACAGAGAGGCACAGAGCAUGAGCAGGGAAGGGGCCGAGGGAUGGAGAGAUACAGAAUCUGAAGCAGGCUCCACGCUCUGAGUCGUCAGCACAGAGCCCGACGUGGGGCUCAAAUUCACAAACCGCGAGAUCAUGACCUGAGCCAAAGUCGGACGCUUAACUGACUGAGCCACCCAGGCGCCCCAAAUACUAGUUAUUAUUAAGAAGUUAAUGGGGUUCCAUUUUCAGUAAUGUGGUCUUUUUUAAUUGCAGUAUAGUUGACACACAGUGUAACAUUAGUUUCAUGUGUACAACAUAGUGAUUUGACAACUCUAUACGUGAUGCUAUGCUCACCACAAUGUAUAGCUACCAUCUGUUAUCAUACAAUGCUAUAACAAUACCACUGACUAUAUUCUUUAUGCUGUAGCUUUUACCCCUGUGACUUAAAUAAAAGCCUGUACCUCACAGUUCCCCUUCACCCAUUUUGCCCUUCCCCCACUUACCUCCCCCUGACAACCAUCAA